UGGUAUGAUAAUGUUAUCUUUACAAGAAGUUUCUUGAAAAACACUCUUCAGUAUUUGUUAAAGUAUUCUGUAUUGGUUGCGGUCACGAAUAUUAUAAUGAAUUUUGAGGCAAUAUCACUAAACGACUUUUGUUGGUUAAAUGAACCAAAGGAAUGGAAACUUAGCAACAAUGUAUUAACAGUAAAAACUAAUGCAAAAACCGAUUUCUGGCAAGAUCCUUUUAAGAAGCUGUUUGGGAGUAAUGGUCACUUCUUCAGACUACAAGUCAAAGAAGACUUCAGGUUACAGGCUUGCGUCGAAGCUAAAUAUGAGACGCUGUACGACCAAGCUGGUGUUAUGAUUUAUUCAGACGACAAACACUGGAUAAAAGCUGGAAUCGAAUACAAUGACGGUCAUUCAAUGAUAUCCAGUGUAGUUACGAACGAUAUAUCGGAUUGGGCAACAGGUCUUUACACUGGCAACCCUGCGAAAUUUUGGAUAAAAUUAAGCAAAGUGAAUGAUGUGGUUUGCAUAAAAUAUUCAAUGGACAAAAACAAAUGGUAUUUACUGCGUUUAGCGCCUUUCUCUGCGAGCGCUGUGUACGUAGGGGUUAUGUGUUGCACGCCUCAAAGAGAAGGGUUAGAUGUCAAAUUCAGCGAGCUGUCAAUGUCAAAACCGGCGGGAGAUGUGCUUUCGGAAUAAUUUGAAUUCAGUGGCGUAGCAGGGCCGCCGAAAUGCCACGGGGCCCCGACCCAAACACCGCUAGCUCAGAAAUAUUGUUAUGCAUUAAUUGUACCUGUAAUACCUGUUUUAUUAUUAACGUGAAAUUUUUUACUGAUAUCCAUGAAUUUGCCACGGGACGUAAAGUGAUGAUAAUUUUUGUAAAAAAAUGUUUUAUUUUAUUCAUUACCCGGUGCGUCAAAACCGAGAAUCUAAGCUGUUUCAUAACUUUUUUAACUCAGUGCCGCAAGUUAGUAAUAGGCUUAAAUAAGUAAUAAAUACUACGAAUAAUAAAAACUAAGGAAAAGUAACUCCGUCAAAAAACAUGCUCCACAAUACUUGUCAAAAAAGUGUACCUUAGGUACACAUUUCAAUACAUUUGCAAUAUUUAGGUACAGGUUGAGCGGUAUAAAGGCUGACGUUACAAUAUGACAGUUCGAAAGGAACCAAAAUAUUUAAAACGGUAAUAGUAUGGGAUGGGAGUCACAUUUCCUUUGUUUUUAUUAUUCGUAGAAUAAAUAUGACAAAUAAAACUACUUAGCUAUUUAUUCAUUUACUUUAUUUAGAUAUGUAUGACAUUAUACAUCUUUUUA